CUACCUGGAUCCACAACGGCCACUUUCGACGGCAGUAACCACGAAGACGCCAUGACGACACAAUCACCCACAUCGUCCACGACUCGGCUCUCCGCUAUUGGUCUAGUCGCAGCGAUUUAUCUUCUUCUGGCGACACAGAUAUGCAGCGCAGCUUAUUACGGAAAGCUUAUUGGCAAGCUGUCGGAACUUCAUCACGGCGUCAGCGGUGAAGUUUACGCGGUGGACGGGCGAACUCUGUUCAUCAAGGACUUCACGUACGACGGCGAAGCACCAACUGCCUACUUUUACGUCGGCACUUCGAAGAGCCCCAAUGGAAACGGAAUCAGACUUCGGGACGAGCGUGGAUCAUCGAGCACGUUGAAGCGGUACCGAAGAAAGGACAUCACGCUCACGUUACCCGAUGGCAAGACGCUGAGCAACGUGAAAUGGUUCGCCGUAUGGUGCGACGAAUUCUCCGUUAACUUUGGCGACGUCAGAAUACCACGAAACUUCGACUACCCGAAACCACAAAAAUUGGCAGCUUUAAACGGCGUACACGGAGUAAGCUCCGAGCCAAUCGUCGUCGUCGAUGCUCAAACCCUCUUGAUACCAAGCUUCAGCUACGAUGGCGAGGCGCCUGACGCGAAAUUCUGGGUGGGUGCCGGGCCGACGCCAUCGCCGCAAGGUAUUCGGGUACCGGACGAGAACGGAAAGGAGCAGCCGCUGCGUCGAUACGAUCGCAAAGCCAUCGUGCUGACGUUGCCCGGGGAUCUAACGAUCCACCAGAUCGGCCACUUCGGCGUCUGGUGCGAGGCGUUCACCGUGGACUUCGGCCAUGUACAAAUUCCGCAGAAUCUUAACGUGCCACCGUCCCUGAAGAUGCUCGGAGUUUCGCCGCAGUCGAAACUGAACUGCGAAGUUCUGGAGGACAGGCUGGCAUUCGAGGUGCGGUGGGCCGUGGCCGGAGACAGCAUAGUCGCCCAACUCGUUGGAAAACUUGAGGACGGGCAAUACAUGGCAUUCGGAUUAUCGGCGAACCCCGAAAGAAGCUUAAUGGUCGGCGGGGACGUGGUGGUCGCCUGGGUCGAUAAACAAACCCUUCAAGGCUACGCGGUCGACUACUAUCUGGACGCGAAGUCUCAGUGCUCCGGGGGACGAGGCAGCUGUCCCGACACCCGCAUACAGGAGAACACGAAUUCUAUUCGAUUGUUGAACGCGGCGCUGGUGGACGGAUAUAGCAUUGUCACGUACCAGAGACCGCUGAAGACCAACGACGAACUGGACCAUCAAAUUCUGACGAACGGAUCGCAGGCGAUCAUCUGGGCCAUCGGCCCGCUGAACGAGAGGCAAGAGGUCAGCUUUCACUCCGACUAUCUGAAAACCGACCGCCUCAUCGAUUUCGGUAGACCGCCGGUUUGGAAUUGUCCCGUUCCGGACCACGAGCAUUCUCAGAUUUUCGCCGACAACGGCAACGAUAACAAGGCCGCCGACAAUCAGCAGCUAGUUGCAACUACGAGAAGACCUCAGCGUCUAGCGACGCCGGCACCGGCGCCUAAAACCGAUGCCUGGGAAAUUCCGCCUAUUCAAUGUUACGAGCCCGAGGACGGAGUGUUGUACGCUCAGAUGGGACCUACUGGAGGGAAACACGGCUAUCCAGCCAUCACCGGCCACGUUGGUUGGGGAAUCUCGUGGUACAUAAAUGGUCUGUUAAUUCCGGAGAUCAACGUCGUUCGCGGAAGGAAAUACAGUUUCGUGGUGGAAGGCGGGGAAAAUCCUGACACUCCGGCUCGUUAUCAUCCCUUCUACAUUACCGAUGACCCCGUCGGUGGAUACCAGCACAAGACACCCGAGGAGAAAGCCAAAGUGAAAAUAUUCGCGGGUGCUCAACGACAGCGCGGAGUGUAUCGACCAACGGGAGUUGGACGUCUGUGCAACUGGGUGCCAGAUCAAGAUCAGCCCCUGGCGGACGAGUUCUCGUCGUUUGGCGCUUAUCAACGCACGCUGACUCUCGAGUGUGAUCACGGUGUGCCUGGUGUCGUGGAAUGGACUCCAGACGAGAACACGCCCGACACCGUGUACUAUCAAUGUUUCACGCAUCGCUACCUGGGAUGGAAGAUAAACGUUCACGACAGCUGCGACGCUGGCGAAGCUGCCGGCAGCGAGAACUACGAGGUCUACGCGGAGCCGAACGGUCAACGACCGGCGAGCGAGGACCUGGAGAACAGUCCGAGCAUACGCGUGUCAAGCAAGGUAACGCCAACGGCCGAGUUUCUCCAGCAGACUCAACAUCCCUAUGGUGAACACGGGCUUCGUUACUCUUAUCAUCCAGCGACUAACCCUGACAAGCUAAGCACAUCAUACACGCAGUUACUAACGACCGCUAACAACGACGAUUACGUCCGCUUGAAAUCAUCGCCGACGUACGAGGAGCCGAUCACCUCGAGACCGUCGUACAGCACGCCCGACCACGAUGCCGCGCCGCAUCGUCACGAGGUACGCGUGAAGGAAACGCAUCACGUGCACCUCGACGAGGAUCUCGUGCAGCAGCAUCGCAAUCAUCAUCAUCAUCAUCAUCAUCAUCAUCACCACCAGCUCGCACCGCCGAUCUAUCGCGAACAAUCGGCUGGAGUCAGCAGGCUGACCUCCUCCUACCCUCCUGGCCGGCAGCAAAUCGUCGAGAUCCAGCCGGAACUCCUUCGACAACCCUCUAACCAGCAAUUGUCUAACCUCGUUGCAGAUAAUCCACGACCACUGAGCCACGGGAUGAAAUACACUUAUCCACCUACCGCAAGUCCACAGAUCCUAUACGCCAGGCCGGUGCCUCAACAUUACGCGUCCAAUUACCAUCACCUUUAUCACCUGCCCCUUCCCCAUCACUAUCAUCAGCCGGACCAGAGGACCCAACUGAUGAUCAUCAAGAGACCGGUGUUGACACGUCGACCGAUGUUGCAGACCGUGCACACGAUGUUGCCCCAGCCCACCCUCCCCCUGCCAUCGAGAUCGGUGUUCAUGGAACGAAAAAAGGCCGUUUACAGGCCACUUUCGUCCUCGUCCGUCUACGGGAAAAGAACGGCGGAGAGACACGCCCAAGGGAACGACAACCACCAGGUGGUCAAGCUGAAGAAACUCGAUUCGAAGCAACGAGCCAAGCUAGAGACCAAAGUGUCGAGCCUGGACAUACCCAAUAUCUUCGUCACUUCCUUAAAGCCCGCGAGAAAUACGGGAUUUGACCCGGACUCGAUAGUGAUCGAGAGUGGCUUCAAACCGAUCAUAAGAAACACAGAGACGCCGACAGACGUGGCUCAGAAGAGAUCGUCCGAGAAACUGGAGCAAGAUGAUGACGUUCGCCUUCGGGAGACUUCGAACCAUAAACCGGCCGAUAACUUCGAGCCGGUUUUCAUACCAUCGCCGCCAGUUCCGACAGUCGCGACCAUGAAAAAAUCGAAGAAAAAGUCUGUCAAUGGUAAAACGCGUCCCGGUGACGCGGACGACAUGGAGAUGGCUGCCGACAGAGUGAAUGCUUAUUACUUGCCGCCGCUUUCCAGCCAAUUCCCCAACGACUCGCCACCCUCGCCCUCGCCCUCGUCCGAACUGCUGAUUACCUUCGAUGGAAAAGCGUUGAAAGACUCGAGUUUGGUCAGAUCGAUUUCUGGAAUCGAGGAACACUCGAGAAGCAAACUGUCCUCCGACAUUCUGAGUAGAACGCCACAGUUUGGCAGAUUCAAGGGUGAACUGCCGCCUCCGAUUCCCGGGGAAGUUCGAACGGAUCGUUCGCAGCUCGAGAAACGUCGUCUCCCGCCGGCGGAUUUGCCGGAGAUCAGAACGAGGAACACGAAGCUGACGCUCGUCGAAAGAUCGAAGAGGUCCCCGCACGAAGGACACGUACACGUUACAGAUUCUCGAACGAACGACACGAGCCACCACCACGAGCAUCACGAUCGUGGAAAAUCCAUGUCUAUGCCCGUCAACGCCGGUCAAACGAUCGUGGCUAAUUUAGUGUACGCGCUUUUGGCCGUAGUGGUUUGUCACGUUAUUUGAUAAAGCUGCUCUCCGAAUGCGUAACCCGAGUGCUGGAAGCUAAUUGGAAACGGAACAAAAGAACGUUAGUUACUUGUAAACCACAUACUUGGAAUUGAUUAGUCGACUGAAUCACGAUUGACACGUGCGCAUUCUUUCGAUGAAGACAUAAUAUACACGAAUGCACGUGAUGUACACGUGACUUUGCUGAUGUAGACGAUGUAAUCGACAUGAUAACACGGGAGAGGAAUAUAACUAACCACGGAAUAAUGAUUUUUCUUUUCUUUUUUUUUUUUUUUUUAUUUAUUUACCUAUUUAUUAAUGAAUUAUUGUCCCUUAUUGUACGAGAUAGAACGUUCUAACCAUUUGUUGCAGUACCAAAUCAUCUGUACGUCGGUUGUCGAACAAAUUAGACGACAGCUAAUACUGUUCGCCAGAUCUCCAAUUUUUCUUUUUUUUUGUUUUUGUUUAGCGAGAACUUCAUACACUUGAAUUUAUUCAAAGCAAAAGCAAGACACUUGUUUAACUUUAUGAGGUGCAAGAAGGAAUGAUAAAUGGAUUUUUUAUUAUUCUACGUGCUAUGACGACGGUUUGUUGAAUCUUAAGGUAUACUAUAUAUUUGUACAUAAGUUAAAUUAAUUGUUAAUAAAGAGAUUGUAUAAGGUUCUCUCAA